AUGUCUCAGUGCUCGCAGAAUGACGUUUCUGCUCCCCCCGUCCAGUCCUCCCUUUCCUUCACACAAGGCCUUCUUGUUGGCCAACUCUCGGUGGUGCUGCUGAUUGGUGCCUUCAUCAAGUUCUUCAUCUUCGGCGAGGCACCGGCGCCACCGUCUCGGGGGCUAGCAAGUCGCACCGCGGCCCAUCGCCGUUCCUACUCGAUCAACAACAUCGACCAGAAUGGGAGAUCGCUACGUGAGAAACCCUCAAACUCUAACGCCCUUCGACCGGUUCCGUCAUCGUCGACGAAUACGCGUUCCAUCCUGAGAAAGACCUACUACAACGCGGUUCCGACAAACCUGUCCAACAAACAUGGGCGUAAUCGGAUGCAGCAUUCUACACACCAGCCGGAGUCUCUGGACUGGUUCAAUGUGUUGAUUGCGCAGACAAUUGCUCAGUACCGACAGACUGCGUAUCUGCUGAAGGACUCACCCACGUCGUCCAUUCUUGACUCUCUCUCAGCGGCGUUAAACAACCCCGAGAAGAAACCCUCCUUUAUCGACACUAUCAAGGUCACAGAUAUUUCCCUGGGCGAGGAGUUUCCGAUAUUCAGCAACUGCCGUGUCAUCGCGGUGGACGACCCCAACUCUGACGGAGGGAGGCUUCAGGCCUUGAUGGAUGUCGAUCUCAGCGAUGACAACCUGUCGAUUGCCAUUGAGACCUCUCUAAUACUGAACUACCCGAAGCCGUACUCUGCCAUCCUUCCUGUCGCAUUGUCUAUCUCCGUAGUUCGGUUCUCCGGGACGUUGUGCAUUUCCCUUAUUCCCGCUUCCACGUCUCCUGCAUCACACACUGCGUCCCCGUCCCCGUCUCCCGAGACAGCACAGUCUCAUGGCAAGCCCUCGGACGCCAAUGGAUCAGCUGGCAACUCUCAAGAUGCCUCGAAUUCCCCUCCUAAAACGGGCGUUCCCAAAACGAACCUCGCAUUCUCGUUUCUGCCAGACUAUCGUCUUGAUCUCUCUGUCCGCUCCCUUAUCGGUUCUCGAAGUCGCUUGCAAGACGUGCCUAAGGUUGCGCAGCUGGUGGAGGCGCGUGUCCACGCCUGGUUUGAGGAACGAGUAGUCGAGCCCCGAGUCCAGGUAGUCGGAUUGCCUGACUUUUGGCCCCGGAUGGGCAGGACUGGUGUCAGACCUGGUGAAGAUGCUGAAGCCGGAGCCACAGCAGCGGCGGCGGCAGCGGCGGCGGCCGCAGCGGCAGCGUCGCGAACAGAGCAACCGAAUCCAAUGGACAUGCCUUCCCGACCGGAUGACGCAGGGCAUGACAGCGACCGAGAAGCGGAGGGAUUGAGGUACCGCGGAGGGUCUGAAUUCGGGUCUUCGAAUCUUGACGGCAUGUCUAGAUCCACUGGCGUGUACGGCGGCGCCAGCAGUCAUCGGAACCAGAGCAUGAUGGGCGAGGGCAACAGCCGCAGUUCUAGUGCCGCAGGAGCAGAGCACUUGGAAAUGCCCGGGUCAAUGCCCGGCACUGUUCCCGUGCUAUGA